AAGACGGCAUAAUCCAAUCAGCCAAUAGGAACAAGCCACGCCCCCUGAGGUUCUAAUAAAAGGCCGGUUCACCUCUCCAGUGAACACGUCUCACUCCGAACCUCUCUGAGAGCCCGCUCUUCGUUUGGAGCUCCAGAUGGAAUCCGGCACAGAAGACCGUCACCCCCACAGCCCUUCCAUGGAACAACCCACUGACCAGACCCCAUCUCAACAAGACUCCUUUGAAGAAAAGAGCUCUGAUGUGGAGGAGAAACUCUCUGAAGGGAAAGGCGAAAUAGUCUCUUCCCAACUCCAACAGAACUCCGUGGAAGAAAGGGGCUCAGAUGGGGAGGAGAAACGAUCCAAAGAAAAAGGGUCGGAGCCCGAGAUGGAUGAGAAAGAUAAUUCGAAGGAAAACGAGACCCAAGACAGAAACAGACACACUGCUCCUUCAGAUUCAGAACGUGGUUCCAGUUCCGAGAGUUCCAGAAAGCGGAAGAUGGAUUCCAGGAACCAAACCUGCGAUGGAACAGGGGCCUCUCCCGAUGAACCCAGUGUGACUUCGGAAAACAAGAAACGGAAGGUGCUUGAGUCUGGCCGCAGCAGCUCCAGCGAAAAGACCCGGGCUCCUCGCUCCAGAAGACCCCACCCGACGCGCCCUGGGCGCAGUCGGCGGCCCAGAUCCAGGUCCCCGGAAGACCAGUUGCCUCCACUCCGAAAAAGCCUCGUGACCUCCCUGCGCUAUAUGUCCGAGGCCAUUUAUCAGAGCAUAGUCCACAUGCACAAGCAGCCGGGAUAUUCCCCGCAGUGCUGGCAGCAGCUGGCCCAGCUCCGGGGGCCUCUGUGGGCCGCAGCGCAGACCGUGUACACCAUGGCCAACCAGGCGGCCUAUGCCUUCCCGGCUGAGGGCUGGCUCUCUCCGGCUCCAGCGCAGGGUACCCUGGGGCCAACCAAGGACGGAGUAGAAGGGCCGAGCUCCGAGGCCAGUCCACCUCUUCUCUAGACGUCAGAGCAUCAGAAGAAGCUUGAUUUGAGCCAGGGGGACCCAAGCCUACUCAGCAGAGACCACAGCUCUGACAGUGAGAGCCAAACCUUGAAACCCCCUAGAUUCUCCAAAAUGACCAGCAGGGCCGAUGUUCGUCACAAACCUGGGGUGCUGAUAGGAGAGGAACUUGAGAAAUGGACUCAGAAUGUGAAAUCUGGGUUUCCUUGAGGACUCAGAUUACAGAGUUUAAAAUUCAUGCUAGACAAUGCAUGCACUUUGAGUAUCUUGGAAACCAAGUUGGUGUAUUAAUAACCACCACCUUUCCCGCCUAACUACCCGCCCCUCUCCCCCUGCCCCCCCACCCCACCCUGACAACUCCCAGGCCCCUUGCCUCUCUGGAUGGCUAAAGUUGAUGUGCAUGUACCACACUGGCAUUAUUUUAUAAUGAGAGCAAGUAUCAGGAUGUAAUUCACAUGUAUUUGCACACUUUGAAGUGUAGAACUGAAAACAUAUUCAUAUCCUUUUUUUUUUUUUUUUUUUCUGAAAAAGCACUAGAUCUUUCCUCAUUCAUCUCCAGGCCAUGGAGGCAGAUAUUCACAAAGCUUUAAUAAGAAUCUGUCUUGGGAAAUGUUUACAGUUUUCAGUUUGAUGAAAGAUGGUGAUGCCACCAUGUGGCAUAUUUUUGUUUAAUUUAGAUAUUAAACAUAUUUUUGUUUAGAUAAAACCUAAGUCAAGAUAUAUGAAAA